UGCAUCUCUGUUCUGAUCGUCGAGGCUGGUGAAAAUGCAUAUUCCAGACACGUCCCGCAAAUAUACUCCGAAGGAAAAAGAACAGCUGCUCCAGAAUCUUGACAUUGAAGUCGAACACCGUAUUCGCCAACUCGAGGAAUGGCUUGCAGACGCACUCAAAAACUUUCGCCUUCACCAAGAAGGGCUCAUCGCCCGCAUUCCCAAACUCGUGCGCGGUGUGACCAUGGGCGAGUUUGCUGACACCUACAAUGGCGAUAUUCAAGCCUGUCUUCGUGGUCUGGUGGGCGGUGCUCCGCCAAACCUCGAGAUCGACCGUGAGACUCGCAAGCGCAAGUGGGAAGAAGCUAGUGAAGGUGAACGCGCCGUUAAGAAUGCAAGGACAAUGCAUAUCACUCCCAAGAAGAAGCCCUUUACCACUAACACAGGAACUGCACAACGCGGCCGCACAUUCUCUGCGGCAGUCCCGCGUACCCCCGGGCAACUCCGUCCAACCUUCCGUUUACCCUCUGUCAGUCCGCAGAAACCAUCUGCCCUCCGAACAUCUCCCUCUAAAUUACAUGCUCCAUCGCCCCUCAAAGUUCUGCCGUCCCCUGGAAAAUCGAUGCCAUGGAAUGCCAAGCAACCAUCCCAGGCAAAGCGCCCGCCCACCAGCGCGAUCUUCGCUCCAACUCUGCCCUCCAAGGUCCCCGCUUAUCCCACCCUCCGUGCACCCCGCCGCGACGAGAGCAUGCUUAGUCUCAACGGGUCUCCGCUAGCUAACCCGUAUAAGCUCGGCUUGGAGUGGAUAUUGAAUGACAUGGACGUGAAAACCAAAGGCAAAGGAAAGGGGGCGCAAGUAGAUACGCGAGGCGAAGGCAAGACUCUAAGACGCGUAAAUAGCAUAGUCAUACGGCAUGAUCCAUCCGUCUCGCUCGUCCCCUCAUCCUCCACCUUCCCCCAAAGUCACUUACGAGCCAACUCCCAAACUCAAAACCAUAAGCACACACACUCACACACCAACUCACGCACGACAGGUCGUGUCCAAGAGCCACCGGUGCCCAAACCCGCUACGCCUUCUCUCAUGCCUUCCAGCUCGAUCUCGUCCGUGCCUUCCUCGUCUUCGGCCCGUGCAGUUGUCGCGAUCUCAACCUCCGAUGGACACGUCCUCGAGUUCGACCCGCUACAGACAUCGCCACGCGCACUCGAUGCACUCGUAGGCAUCACCAACAGCGCAAAGAAACAAGCACGUGAGGAAAUGGGGCGCUUAGUGCAGGCUGCGGUGAGCAAGUGGAGUAUUGCAUAGCACG